AGGCCGCCGCUGCCGCUGCCGCUGCCGCCGCCGCCGCCUUUAAGUACCACGUCCGCUGUCCUGGUCGCUACCGGCGCUGCCGCCGAGGAAGCUGCUGUAGCUCGCACGGGAGUGGAGGCGGCGCGGCAUGAAGCGGCGCAGGCCCGCUCCGUAGAGCGUCGGGACGGUCCGGGCGGGCCCGGGUCGGGGGGGAAGGUGCAGUACCCGCCCCCUCUCCCUCCCUGCGCCCUCGAGGCCUGCCCCGGCCCACCCGGCCUGCCCGCCUCACCGGGAGCCGCGCGUCUCCCGGGUCAGCCCGUCCUCCCUGCGGCUUCCCGGCGCGCCGCCGCGCGGGACACAGCCGGUGGCGGAGAUCCGCUGGCCGGAAGAGGAAGCCAACGUUCACGGGGCGCCCCGGAGCGCCGGGUGCUGCCCUGCCGACUUGCACGUCCGUUAUCUUAAUUGAGCCCCGCCGGGCUGGGGAUGCCGGGAGCUGUCCGAGCUGGCGGAUGAGGAAACGGAAGUCCGCAGAGGCGCAGGAAUCUGUCUGAGGAAAAUGCAACAUGGCAGCAGCAAUGGAAACAGAACAGCUGGGUGUCGAGAUAUUUGAAACUGCAGAGUGUGAGGAGAACAUUGAACCACAGGAUCAGCCUAAAUUGGAGCCAUUUUAUGUUGAACGAUAUUCUUGGAGUCAGCUUAAAAAGCUGCUUGCUGAUACAAGAAAAUAUCAUGGUUACAUGAUGGCUAAAGCGCCCCAUGAUUUUAUGUUUGUGAAGAGGAAUGAUCCAGAUGGGCCUCAUUCAGACAGGAUCUAUUAUCUUGCCAUGUCUGGUGAAAACAGAGAAAAUACACUAUUUUAUUCUGAAAUCCCUAAGACUAUCAACAGAGCAGCAGUCUUAAUGCUGUCUUGGAAGCCUCUUUUGGAUCUUUUUCAGGCAACACUGGACUAUGGAAUGUAUUCUCGAGAAGAAGAACUACUAAGAGAAAGAAAACGCAUUGGAACAGUUGGAAUUGCUUCUUAUGAUUAUCACCAAGGAAGUGGAACAUUUCUGUUUCAAGCUGGUAGUGGAAUUUACCAUGUAAAAGAUGGAGGGCCAGAAGGAUUUACUCAACAACCUUUACGGCCCAAUUUAGUGGAAACCAGUUGUCCCAACAUACGAAUGGAUCCAAAAUUAUGCCCUGCUGAUCCAGAUUGGAUUGCUUUUAUACACAGCAAUGAUAUUUGGAUAUCCAACAUAGCAACCAGAGAGGAAAGGAGGCUCACCUAUGUGCACAAUGAGCUAGCCAACAUAGAAGAGGAUCCCAGAUCAGCUGGAGUUGCUACCUUUGUUCUUCAAGAAGAAUUCGAUAGAUAUUCUGGCUAUUGGUGGUGUCCAGAAGCUGAAACAACGCCUAAUGGCAGUAAAAUUCUCAGAAUUCUAUAUGAAGAAAAUGAUGAAUCCGAGGUGGAAAUUAUUCAUGUUACAUCCCCGAUGUUGGAAACGAGGAGGGCAGAUUCAUUCCGUUAUCCUAAAACAGGAACAGCAAAUCCAAAAGUCACGUUUAAGAUGUCAGAAAUCAUAAUUGAUGCUAAAGGCAGAAUUAUAGAUGUCAUAGAUAAAGAACUAAUUCAACCUUUUGAGAUUCUGUUUGAAGGAGUUGAAUAUAUUGCCAGAGCUGGAUGGACUCCAGAGGGAAAAUAUGCCUGGUCCAUCCUACUAGAUCGUUCCCAAACUCGCCUACAGAUAGUGUUGAUCCCUCCUGAGUUAUUUAUCCCAGUAGAAGAUGAUGCCAUGGAAAGACAGAGGCUCAUCGAGUCUGUGCCUGACUCUGUGACACCACUGAUUAUCUAUGAAGAAACGACAGACAUCUGGAUAAAUAUCCACGAUAUAUUUCAUGUUUUUCCCCAAACUCAUGAAGAUGAAAUUGAGUUUAUUUUUGCCUCUGAAUGCAAAACAGGUUUCCGUCAUUUGUAUAAAAUCACAUCCAUUUUAAAGGAGAGCAAAUACAAACGAUCCAGUGGUGGGCUGCCUGCCCCAAGUGAUUUCAAGUGUCCUAUCAAAGAGGAAAUAGCAAUUACCAGUGGUGAAUGGGAAGUCCUUGGCCGGCAUGGAUCUAAUAUCCAGGUCGAUGAAGUCAGAAGACUGGUAUAUUUUGAAGGCACCAAAGACUCCCCUUUAGAACAUCACCUGUAUGUGGUCAGUUAUGUAAAUCCUGGAGAGGUGACAAGGCUGACCGACCGUGGCUAUUCCCAUUCUUGCUGCAUCAGCCGGCAUUGUGACUUCUUUAUAAGUAAGUAUAGUAACCAGAAGAAUCCACACUGUGUGUCCCUUUACAAACUGUCAAGUCCCGAAGAUGACCCAACUUGCAAAACAAAGGAAUUUUGGGCUACCAUUUUGGAUUCAGCAGGUCCUCUUCCUGACUAUACCCCUCCAGAAAUUUUCUCUUUUGAAAGUACCACUGGAUUUACAUUGUAUGGAAUGCUGUACAAGCCUCAUGAUCUGCAACCUGGAAAGAAAUACCCCACUGUGCUAUUUAUCUACGGUGGUCCUCAGGUGCAGUUGGUGAAUAAUCGGUUUAAAGGAGUCAAGUAUUUCCGCUUAAAUACCCUAGCCUCUCUGGGUUAUGUGGUUGUGGUGAUAGACAACAGGGGAUCCUGUCACCGAGGGCUUAAAUUUGAAGGCGCCUUUAAAUAUAAAAUGGGGCAAAUAGAAAUUGAUGAUCAAGUGGAAGGACUCCAAUAUCUGGCAUCUCGAUAUGAUUUCAUUGACUUAGAUCGUGUGGGCAUCCACGGCUGGUCCUAUGGAGGGUACCUCUCCCUGAUGGCAUUAAUGCAGAGGUCCGAUAUCUUCAGGGUUGCUAUUGCUGGGGCCCCAGUCACUCUGUGGAUCUUCUAUGAUACAGGAUACACAGAACGUUAUAUGGGUCACCCUGACCAGAAUGAACAGGGUUAUUACUUGGGAUCUGUGGCCAUGCAAGCAGAAAAGUUCCCCUCUGAACCAAAUCGUUUACUACUCUUACAUGGGUUCUUGGAUGAGAAUGUCCAUUUUGCACACACCAGUAUAUUACUGAGUUUUUUAGUGCGGGCUGGAAAGCCAUAUGAUUUACAGAUCUAUCCUCAGGAGAGGCACAGCAUAAGAGUUCCCGAGUCUGGAGAGCACUAUGAACUGCAUCUUUUGCACUACCUUCAAGAAAACCUUGGAUCACGUAUUGCUGCUCUGAAAGUGAUAUAGUUUUGACCCCUGUAAAACUCUGGUGUACACUGACUGCUUACCCAAAUGAGGAGGUUUAUCGAUAGAGAACAUGGAGUUGAUCAUCUCAUUUUGGUACCUGUCAUAUAACAUCUACUUCUGAAAGAAAUUUGGUACCGUGUAGGCAUCUACAGCUUGUCUAAUCCCUUAACCAUAUGCACACAAACCCGAGUGACACAUAUGUCUAAGGGAUACAGCAACACCAUGAGAAUUAC